UGCUCUCCGUUCUCCUCUUCUUGAAGAUUGACAGUUACUACUACCCGUUUACUUCAGGUCUGUUGAAAUUCUCGAAAAAAGGAAACUUUGGGGGUAGUUCUUUGCCUCACUUUGUUACUCUUGAAGUUGGAUACCGCGUGUCCGUUGUUUGCAAGCUGAAAGAGACGAAUAUAGAGCAGAAAAAAACGUACAAUUGGCAUAACAAUAAAGUAUACAAAGAGGCAUAUUUAUUUAUGGCUGCUGGGGAUGGUUCCCAGCUGCCGGCGACUAUAGCGGCUAGCCGGAGCGUGGAGAAGGCGCUGGAGGAGGCAGCUUCAAGCGGGGCUCUUAACUUGUCAAACCGUAAACUGAAGGAGUUUCCUCGGACCGCCAGGAACUAUGACCUGUCCGAUAUCACACACGCAGACCUGUCUAAGAACCGUCUGUGUGAGCUGCCUGAGGAGCUGUGCCAGUUCAUCUCCCUGGAGACGCUCAGCCUCUACCACAACUGUGUGCGCUCUGUUACACCCAGCAUCUGCCACCUGCAGGCCCUCACCUACCUCAACCUCAGCCGUAACCAGCUGUCCAGCCUGCCCGUGUCUGUGUGCCAGCUCCCCCUGCUGAGGGUCCUCAUCGUCAGCAACAACAAGCUGUCCUCCCUGCCGGGGUCCAUACACACGCUCACACACCUGCGCCAGCUGGAUGUGAGCUGUAAUGAGCUGCAGGCUCUGCCAGUGGAGAUCGGCCAGCUGGAAUCUCUCAGGGACCUUAACCUGAGGAGGAACCAGCUCACCACGCUGCCUGAGGAGCUCUCGGAGCUGCCUCUGGUUCGUCUAGACGUGUCGUGUAACCGCAUCUCCAGAGUGCCUGUCUGCUACCGUCACCUCCGACACCUCCAGACCAUCACCCUCGACAACAACCCCCUCCAGUCCCCCCCUGCACAGAUCUGUUCUAAAGGAAAGUUUCACAUUUUUAAGUUCCUGAACAUCGAGGCGUGUAAGAGCACACAGGAGGAGCUUGAGAGAGCACUGAGACCCACCGGAUUCAACAGCUGCCUGUCGGAUCAGGAGCUGUUCUCGGGGCGGCAGUAUGGCGGCCUGGACUCCGGGUUCAACAGCGUGGACAGCGGCAGCAAGAGGUGGUCAGGGAACGAGUCUGCUGAUGACUUCUCGGAGCUGUCCCUGCGGAUGGCGGAGUUGUCUCGGGACCAGAGGAACCUGCUGGAGGAGGGGGAGAAGGACCCCCUGCCCGAAAAAGUGGUGAACGGAGAGGUGGAACAGGUGGAUUUCAUCGACAGCAGCGUUACGGAAGAGGAGGAGGAGAGCAGGCCACAGCCGCAGACCCUCCUGCACACAGCGCCUCCUCAGGAUAAGAAGGAAAACGUGGUCCCAGCAUGCAGCCCGGACUUCUCUUCUACCAUCAGGUUCACUGUGGGCGGGGAUGCGGGGGAUUCGGGGGCCCCCGGCCCCUCCAGCCCCACCCUGGAGGAGCGGCGUCGGCCCGGGACCCUGCAGAUCUGGCAGGAGAGGGAGAGGGCCCAUCAGCAGAGAGAGAGGGGCCGGGACGGAGGUUUACCGAAAGGAGUGAAAACAGGAAGUAAUGCGGUGGCAGUGGCAUCACAGACAGGAAGCACAGGUGGCGGUUCGUCAGACAGCAGCCCCUCCCUCAACGGCUUACGGCAAAGAUGCUCGUCUCAGAGUGGGGACCAGACGUCCACAUACUCCCAUCCUCCUGCACCCCAGCGCUCCAACAGCAGAACAGAUGCGCCCCUUUCCCCAAAAGCAUCUUCCCCCCCUGGACUGGCCCAGAAACCCAGCAGCUUCCUGUUCCGAGCCUCCUCGCGCUGCAAUGUCAAGACCUCCGGCUCUGUGCACUGUCUGGCGGAGACGGGACGCAGUGAGUCCCGCCCCUCAUCACGCUCCCCCCGAGAGGAGAGGCAGGACAUGCUACAGCUGAGAAAGACUCUGGAGUCCCGGCUGAAAUUGAAUUUGUCGGAUGACCUGGGAGAUGCAUUGUCCAAUGGCACGAUUCUCUGCCAGCUGGCCAAUCAAGUGCGGCCACGGUCCGUGUCAAUCAUCCACAUCCCCUCCCCAGCAGUGCCAAAGCUGAGUGCUGCCAAGUGCCGCCUGAACGUGGAGAACUUCAUCGCCGCCUGCCGGAAGCUGGGAGUCCCGGAGGAGACUCUGUGCUCUCCGCAGCAAAUCCUGGAGGAUGAGGGCCUGACUCGGAUCGCCCAAACCGUGCAGACCCUGAUGGAGCUCCCGCAGACAGGAACACGGCGCUCCUCCCGCCAGGACUCCCACGGGCUGCCCCUCCAAACGCCCGAUCAAAAGUCCGGCAGCUCCCCUUAGAACCCAGAGAACAGAAGAUGUUUCCCAAGGUCAUCAGUGUGUGCCUUCGUAAUCUCGGUCUCCUGUAAUAUCAGUGUUAUUCCCUCACACGUACGGCGUACGCCAGAGUAAACUCGUCAAGCUCCCUACCGGUUAAACAACAUGCCGCCAUGCAGUUUUGCAAUUCCAAAUACAUGAUUAUACUUCACAAUUAAAAGGGAAAAACGUGUAAAUACAUGUAGAAAUGUUAUAACUGUACUAUUUGUCAUCUUAUAUGAAAACAUUGGAUUUUUAAUAAUAUGGAGGCUGCUCCCACAACAGUGUUCACCAUGUGUC